UCUCUCUGCUUGUGUGUGUGAUUUACUACGCGCAGCACUGAACGCAGUAGCCUAGAUAUUUUUCCAUCGCAAAAUCUAGCCAUUUCUUAGGCAAUUGUCAAUCUGCUUGAAAGCCUACUCCCUUUCAUAAUUAUUGGGAUUAAAAUUAUUGCAGCAAUCAGACUAGUUCUGACUGCCUACGUACAGUGAUUCUCGGGCAUUCCCCGUCAUGACCUAGCCCGCCCCUCUGGUUGAAUGGAUGGGAAACCUCAUUAGUUCGACCAUAGAUUUUCUGCUGUGAACGUCGUCUGUAAUCUGUUAUCAUUUUUGGGUUUACUUCGAUGACGGAUCUGUGUUUUCUGUCGUUACAUUCGAUGAACUAUUGUCCAUCUGGUAAAUAAACGAGCAACGCAAUACACUGGUACGCGUUAGGGCUUAGGCCAUGGGGGGAACCAAGAGCAAGCCCAAAGACGCAGGCCUUCGGACACGGAGUCUUGAUGGUAACAUCAGUUUAGGAGGAGGGGGUGGCAGCUACAACAUCAGCCCCGCCCAGCACACCCUCACGCCCAAUCUGAGUCCAGCAGUGGGCGGAACACGCCGGUCCACUCAGCCGCUGAUCAAUACCCCGGAGCUGGCACUGUUUGGGGGAGUGGAGUCCGCCAAUAGUGUCACGUCUCCUAACAGAGGGACACUUGCAGGAGGUGUGACGACGUUCAUGGCGCUGUAUGACUACGAGUCUCGCACUGCCUCCGAUCUGUCUUUCAGGAAGGGGGAACGGCUACAAAUAGUGAACAACAUGAGAAAGUUGAACAGCAGAGAAGGGGACUGGUGGCUGGCUCGCUCUCUGACCACUGGAGAAAGUGGUUACAUCCCCAGCAAUUAUGUGGCUCCUUCCGACUCCAUCCAGGCAGAAGAGUGGUAUUUUGGGAAGAUCACACGUCGCGACUCGGAGAGGCUCCUCUUGAGUUUGGACAACAGGAGAGGGACGUUCCUGGUGAGAGAGAGUGAGACCACGAAAGGUGCCUACUGUCUGUCAGUCCUGGACUAUGACAACACUAAAGGACUGAAUGUGAAACACUACAAGAUUAGAAAGCUGGACAGUGGAGGCUUCUACAUCACCUCACGCACUCAGUUUAACAACAUACAUCAGCUGGUCACACACUACCACAAGCAUGCAGACGGACUGUGCCACUGUCUGACGGAGGUAUGUCCCGUACUAAAGCCUCAGACCCAGGGGCUGGCCCGCGAUGCCUGGGAGAUCCCCAGGGACUCUCUAUGCCUCGACCUCAAACUGGGACAGGGAUGCUUCGGAGAGGUCUGGAUGGGCACGUGGAACGGGACAACGCGGGUAGCGGUCAAGACCCUGAAGACUGGUACCAUGUCCCCCGAGGCAUUCCUUAUGGAGGCCCAGGUCAUGAAGAAGCUGAGACAUGAAAAGCUGGUCCAGCUGUACGCCGUGGUGUCUGAAGAACCUAUCUAUAUUGUCACUGAGUACAUGGGACAAGGAAGCUUGUUGGACUUCCUGAAGGGAGACAUGGGAAAGAUGCUCCGCCUUCCUCAGCUGGUUGACAUGGCCUCACAGAUUGCCUCAGGAAUGGCGUAUGUAGAGAGGAUGAACUACGUCCACAGAGACCUCAGGGCUGCCAACAUUCUAGUGGGAGACAAUUUGGUUUGUAAAGUGGCUGACUUUGGACUGGCCCGUCUCAUAGAGGACAAUGAGUACACUGCCAGGCAGGGAGCAAAGUUCCCCAUCAAGUGGACGGCUCCUGAAGCCGCGCUGUAUGGCCGCUUCACCAUCAAAUCAGACGUCUGGUCGUUCGGGGUCUUACUGACAGAACUGGCCACCAAGGGGAGAGUACCAUAUCCAGGCAUGGUGAAUCGGGAGGUGCUGGACCAGGUGGAACGUGGUUACAGGAUGCCUUGUCCUGCUGAGUGCCCUGACUCGCUCCAUGACCUCAUGCUCACCUGCUGGAGGAAGGACGCUGAGGAGAGGCCCACAUUUGAGUACCUGCAGGGCUUCCUGGAAGACUACUUUACCUCCACUGAGCCACAGUACCAGCCCGGGGAGAACCUUUAGUCGAGAACCUGAGGUACUAUAGGGCUCAUGUUGGAAGGGGAGAGGGGAACGGUGCUUUGGAUACAGCCAGACUGACCUCUGUUGCACCUGGAACUGAACUCCCAAUGACCACACACCUACUCCUGACCUAUAUUAUAAUUAUUCAAUGUGACGAUAUCGUUAUUUUGUUACUUGAUUGAUGUUGAUAUCCUUCUGAUUUUGAAAAGGACAGCACUAAUCUACUGGUUUAUUUUGAGUUCAUCUACAUUCAUACCUGUCAGUUACUGUGUGCUCCUAUUGACAUUGUGCGGUAGCUCCACCCCCCCCCCCCCAAUUCAGUCCAUCUCCUUAGAGGUACACCUUUGGAGAUCUAAAGAAAUAACAGAUUUCUCAUAUCCCUAUUGGUUCCUCUCUACAAUGAGAUUCCAUGUUUAAGGAUGGGUUCUUGUUCUGGUAUGUCUUCCAAUCUAUUCCCACAGACUGCUUGAGAAGCAACUCUGAGGGGUACUGUUGUCAGGAUAUCGCUUUAUGUUUUUGAUCAAAUUUGUUCUAAAACCUGGAAUAUUUGGUAUUAUAAUCAGGCCACAGUUAUUUCAGAUGAACAUUUCCCCUCUACAUUGUGGCCAUUCUUGGCAGCUUGAGGUGCUGUUUGUAGUUGACCGAGGUGGGCGGAACUUUCACUACGCAGACACUUCCAUGAAACAAAUUAGAAUUGCUAUGCAUGGAAUACCCCUCCCCAGGCACUCUUAAAGAAGAUGAGAGGAGAAUAUUGUUUGUUAUUUUUCAUUUUAUAUUCACAGCGUUUCUAGAAGAAGACUUAAAAAAGGCUACUGACGAUCACUCAGUCUCCUCUCAGGAAGGGGACCAUGAAUCCUGCUGCAAUGUUUUUGUGCCAAUGCUGUAAAUUACUAUUUUCUAUUCUCUUCAUUGUUUGAAGGUUUUUUUUUUUCUUACUACAAAGAUCAACAAGCGUUGCCCUGUAAUUAUACACACUAUUUGUAAAUCAUUCCCAAACGUGUGUUUUGAAUAAUACCAUCCAUCUCAAUAAUACCAUCCAUAUUCCAUCAAAUAUCUACGGCAUGUAUUUUAAGGCUUUGGUUGUUCAAACAUUCAGAUUAAAACUCCAUCAAUGUUC